AUGCGAUGGCCAUUAUAUUUGGCUUGUAUUUUAUGCAGUCUACAUAAAAUCGCCGCCAGAUACCAAUGGAAACGCACCGUGCAGCCGAAGAAAUUGGACGAAAUAAAGAUUCUCGACUUCGGAGAAUCGCUUCGGUUUCAGGCCAAUGAAAGUUGGGCCCAUCGAAGGACGGAGGUCCUGUGGAUGGGUCGGAGAGAUUGUGUGGAAGCGCGGUUUCGAGUGGAGGGGAAACGCACACGGUAAGUCUUUACGGAGGAGUUUUUGUUGGGAUUUAGGCAGCCCAAGAUGCGAAAAAUUCGUUCUAACAAGGAAAAACAUUGCUAUACCCCAAGUGCGACGCUCAGAUUUUGAUGAAACUUGUUUUCUUCUCUCUCCUCUCUCUGCAUUUCGCGCUCUCUUUGGUCGGAAAUGAUUGCUGAAUAUCUCAGAUCACCCUUGAAAGCGCGAGCUUAAAUUUGGAUAGUUCAUAUGUGGCCUAUGCCCAAAAUAUGUGGCCUAUGCCCAAAAUAUGUGGCCUAUGCCCAAAAUAUGUGGCCUAUGCCCAAAGUUGUGCGCAAAUUUUGAAGCAAAUCUGAGCGCCGGACUUGGGACACCCAUGUUAGUCAUCAAAAUCCUGCAAAUUUGAUGACUAAUGAGCGAAAAGAAGGUGGGAUUGCGGGUAAUAUGAUAUUCUUGGGGUAAUAACUUCGUGGUUAAAAAGAAAAUAAAAGAUCAUGGUUUGCUUGCGCAAGUCAAAUCUCUCUUCAGUUCGCUCUCCCAUUUCUCUCGAGAGAUUUGCCGGAUUUACCACAGGUGAAAUUUAAAAAUUUGGUCAUAAAUGAGAAGCAAAGAGGCGAGGAAUUUUGCUGCGACAAAUCCACAUUAUUUUCCCGACAGACUGACAUUAGGAUUUCGUUUUGAAGGCAGCAUGAAAUCAGUCAAAUUACAGUCAAAAUCUCAGAGCAAUAAAUUGAUAGGCACGGAAACAUAAUUCAUUAUAGAAGGGUUUGGUCCGACGAGACUUUACUUGGCCAAGCGACGAGUCGUGAAACCUCGAAAAAUGUUUGUUACAGACAGGUUUCGACACAUGAGAGUUCGGUGCCGUAGGUGCCUCAUUUUUUGUUAUCAGUUUGUCGAGAAAAUAAUGAACCCUCUGUUGAAUAGAAAAUCACAUCGCUGCCGAGAAAAUGUAUUUUUGCGGGCGAAAUCAAAUAACUUUUCACUUCAACGACGCCACCGGCGCGGCGACAUUUUGCUCAUUAUUUACCCGACAGACAGAUAACUAUAUAAAAAUUUUUACGGGAGGUUCACCAUGGUCUAAAAUGACUCUAAGAAUCUUUAAAAAUGCACGCUAUAGAGAGGUUUUUUGUGUGGUAAUCCCUCGCGCGGUGUUUUCAUCAAAAAAGCUCAUUUAUUUUUGUAUCAAAAAAGUAUGUAUGUCAAAAAUCAGCUCGUAUCCUCUCCUCUCAUUCCCCCGAGACAACAAACAUCAAGCGCACUUUACACAUUCUUCCUCCCUAAACAUGUGAUUCAUACAACAACCAUUUUUAGCCGGGCUUUUAAAAAUAUCUUUUGGAAUUUGAUUAUCUUGUCCCAAAGAGAAUUUUUUUGAAGCCGAUCCGAGAGUUUGUUUUUCCGUUUCCGCUGGGAAUUCAAUUUCGAUAAUUUUCAUAUGUUUCGGAAACCGGGAAAGGCCAUAGGCCGCGGCCGGGGAGAUUUUUUUAAAGGAUUAUUUUUUGAAAAAAAAAUAUGAAAUGGCUUUGAAAAAAAACGUUAAAAAUUUACAAAAAUUCAGUCUGUCGGGAAAGUAAUGAGGAGAAUUUCGUUCCGCUGGUAGCGUCGCUGAAGUGACAAGCAAUUUGAUUUUGUCGCAACACAAUUCAUUUUAUCGGCGGCGAUGCGAUUUUCGAUGCGACAAAGUGGUCAUUAUUUUCCCGACAAACUGAUAGUAAGAUUUUUCAACACUAUUUUCCCGACAGACAGAUCUAGCCUCUUUGGAGGCCCAUUUUUUAUAUCUUUUUUCUGAUUUUAAAAAAAUAAUUCUCUAAAACACGUUCCUUCUGCUCAAGAAUCAACUAAUUAGCUCAAUUCCAAUUAUUAUCAAGAAAUUUCGCCCUCUCAAAAUUGUUGAAUAAAAAAAUGAAAAAGUAACAACAAAAAAGGCUCUGCUCUGAAUGGGCACUUCAAAAGUCUCGAAACAAAAAAAAGAAAAAGAUGAGAAUGCCUAACGAAGAUGCUCGGAGGGAUUCGUCGUCCUUUCAACUUGCUUUGAAACCACUUUACUUUUUACCUGGCAAAAAGUAAUAAAACCCUUUGAAGAAAAGUGAAGCUACCUAAAAAUAAAAAAAAACUGUAAAAAAUUUUAAUCCGUCUGUCGGGAAAAUAAUGAGCACUUUUUCGCAGCGAAAAUCGCAUCGCCGCCGAGAAAAUGAAUUGUGUCGCGACAAAAUCAAAUUGCUUUUCACUUCAGCGACGUGGCCGGCGAGAGCGAGAUGGUGCUUAUUAUUUUCCCGGCGGGCUGGUAGAACGCAAUUUUUAGAGAGUAUUAGUUUUGUAUGCAAUAAAAAAAUUGUCCUUUUUGUCAACCUCCGAUCUACAAAUCUGGCUGGUUUCUGCUAAGCGCAGGCUAGAAAUGUCAUAUAUAAGUCUUAAUUAAUCUAAAUUUGUGGCAAGUUUCAUCAAGAUACAUAUAGUUGUACUUUAAUAAAAUUUCAAGCAACUGCCCGGUAAACCUUUUUUUGUCAUUCUCUUUGACCCUCAGAAGCCUUCAACUACCACGCCGUUUCCAAAAUGCGUAGACUUUUCGUCGCAAAGCUUUUUGCACAAUGCAAAAAGUGGCAAAAUUCACCAUGCGCCGCCAAAAAAGUCUCUGCACUUUAUGGAACGACUACUAUUUCUCUAUUGUAUUCAAACACUAUCUCUUUUUGUUGGCUUCUCCCCUCUUUGCAAUGCACUACAGGCCAAAAGAAGCCCCGAAAUUGGAUAAAUGCGAACGGUGCUCCGAAUGACAUAAUAGGCAGACAAAAGGGCGCUACGGAAUUUCCGGCUCUUAUUUUAUCUUUGUCCUUCCGCUGUAGCGUUUUUUCGGAAUUUUAAUCAGCUGAAAAGGGGAAGUCGGUCUAAUCGGCGACAAAAAACUUCCAAUUGUCUGAUGUCAGUGUGGUCAGAAGUGGAAAUAAAAGGAAUACUGUAGGAUCCGGAACAGCGCUGAAAACGAAUUUCUAGACAAAAGAAAGUGAAUUUCGAAGGGAUAUGAAUAGAAACUGGGGAUAAGAAAGAGAAAGGAUGAGUAAUUUCGGGGAGAUUACUGAAAAUUUUGAACAAAGCUUUUGAAGAAACAUGACGUUCUAAUGCAGAAAUAUAGAAAAAUUUCACAUUCAGACUUUUUCGUAGGGCAGGUGUAUGCCACUAAAAAAGGUUGUAAGAAGCCUGACAGAGCCGUUGGAUGGACGGCGGACGAUCGGCGAAGGCUCGGUGGAGACUUGGCGAAGAUUUGCCACUCUUUCUAACUUUAGCUAUUACUAACGUUAGUUUUCUUCACCCUCAGUUAUUGAAGGAGAAGAAACGUUGACCCGAACGGCCGCUGACAGGAAAAGUUAUAGCGCGGAAAACUUUUAAUCGAAAUUCGGAAGUUGCACUUGGAGUACCUCUUCCGAAAAAAUAUGCUUAAAAUUUGUGCAAAACUUGAAGAAAAUCUGGCGUUAUACUCGGAGAAAAUGCUUCUCGCUCGGCUGUCAAUCUGUCGGCAAAGUAAUGCGGAUUUGUCGCAGCAAGAUGUUUCGCCGAUUCUCUCAAAUCCAAACGUUUUUUAACAAAAAGAAAUCUACAUAUUUUCUCUCAAAAAAUCCCACUUUCAGCCUACGAGUCUACACCUGUCAUAUGGCCGAAGGAGGAAUGUGCUCGAUGGAUAGGUAUUUCUCCGAAAAGGGCGCCCAUUUCUGCCAUCAAUUCCAUCCCUGGUAUCAUGCCGCCCAACCGUACACCCUCCACGUGCAGGUGGAGCGACGUCCGCGCCGCUUCAAGGACAUCGAAACGGAACGGCGCUUCCGAAGACGGAGAUUCGGAAGAGCGGCGACGAGGAAUGUCGCCGAAUUCGAGUUUGUGGCGAGGAAAAGUUGCCAAGAGACGUGCAAACGGGAUCCGGACGAUGACACGGGAUUUACAACGCAACUGCCGCAGUUUGUAAGUCUAAUUUUUUGGCGAAAAUUUUUUGAUUUUUUUGGGGAAAACGUGGUUUAGGCGUUUCGAGGUGCUAAUUUCAAAAAACGUGUUCAUUUUUUUGAACCUUAGCAGAGGGUGACCUAGGCCAAGGUGGUUGCCCAAAAUUACCCUAAAAAAUCUCAAUGCUUGAUUAUAACGGCCAAUACACUUUCUUUAGGUUAGGUCGUCAUCAAACUCACACCUAAAUAGCCCUAUCAGUCUGUCGGGCAAAUAAUGAGCAUCCUGUCGCAGUGCAGAUAGCGUCGCUGAUUUUCCCGCGACACAAUUCAUUUUCUCAGCGCCGACGCGAUUUUCCAUGCGACAGAGUUCUCAUUAUUUUCCCGACAGACAGAUAGAUAGCUUGACCUUGCAUAAUGAGGGCAAAAAAUCGCCAGAGACCAAAAAAUUUUGUUUGUUAUAGGGAGUCUUGCAUAAAGUCUGGCCUAAAAUUCAAAAAAAAAGUUUAGUUUGGCCUAAAAUUCAGCGUUGAGGCCUCCGAAAAUGUUCGUUAUAGACAGAUUUUUGUUGUACUAGUACGGUGAGGGACCUGAUCCAGUAGCAGAAAACGUACCAUCUUGCAUCCGGGAAGUAUCAAAAAUGUAGCAAAAUGCUUCCCUCUCUAACAAUAAGUGAAAAAACUCCGAUUUCAAAAGCGCGGCCGCUCUUUUUGUGAGGGAAAGGGCGCGCCCAUCAAAACGAAGUUUUUGCACUUAGAGAGUGAAGCAUUUUGCCACAUUUUUGUUGCUUCCCGAAUGCAAAAUGGUACGUUUUUUGCCACUGGAUCAGGUCUCUCACUGUAGUUCCAAAAGGUGCGCAGACUUUUUGCCGCAGGUUUUCCGCACUGUGCAGUUGACCUUUUGCACUGUGCAAUUCAAAAAUAGCCACAAUGUAAGCUUUUUACAACUAUGCACAGUGCAAAAGAACCGCAAAAAAAUUUACGCACUUUAUGGAACGAUUAGUAUAUACGAGGGUGGUGCAGAUGUCUCAUUGACUUUCAACAUGUCAUCAAAAGCCUUUCAAGUUGCAUUUCCCCCCAAAAACGAAAGAUUAUCCAUGCCCUCUCCGCCAUUUCCCAUGCCCUUUUUCCGACCUGUCACCGUUGUCAUCGCCGUCCAUCCGACGGCUUGGCAAACGUUUUAUCGCGCGCCAAACCCACGGAAAUCCCGCGGAAAAAACUUUUCGGAGACUAUCGCAUUUCACAAGCACUAUAAUACUUUGUUUUUGUUGACAAAACUUUUUGAUUCAUCUGCUAUUUGUGGACACGUUGGAGGGCUCAUAAAACGAACAAAAAUUUUUUUAUUGUUUGAAUAAGCGAUUAUAAGGGGUUUUUUGAGCGGCGUAGAAAAGUUUGCGGUAUGAAAAAGUUCACAAUUCGGGGAUUUCGGAGGAUUAAAAUGGCUAAUUAAUAAAAAAAAUUGAAGAAUUGAGGUCAAGGAUUACGUUUUGGAGGCUUAAUUCAAGUGCGUUCAUGGACAAUUGAAAAAAAAAAUUAAUUUUUUGUCUUUGAGAGCUCAGAAAAUAAUGAAAUUCACGAAAUUUUUGGGAUUAUUUUGCAAGUAAAAAAGGGAAGAGACAACAAAACAUUGGAGAUUGAAAAUGAAAUCGGCAAAAAUGCACGUCAAAGCAACAUUUUGAUCUAGAAAGCAUAAAAAGCUUGUGUGAUGACUAAAAAAGUGCCCAAAAGUCUCCGCCGAAUACACUACUUUCCGCGUCGGCAGAACAAAUGAUUUUCUGAGGCAAAAAACUGCACAUAUUCUUCUUUAUCAUGCAAAAAGAAUUUUUCGGAUAUCUUCACUGAGCGCCAAGAAAUCGACAAAAACUUUCCGUCGCAUUACUCGGAACACUCUGUAAUAGAGCAUAUAAAAACAGCAUUAGCUAAAGGUUGAUAAAUCAAAUCUCAAAUCCUGAAAGUGUUAUAUUAUCUCGCGAUUUUCAGAGGUAGAUUUUCAACGAUCUCUGCGGCCGAGAGAGUACGCGAACUGCGGAGAGCGGUCAGAGAAGAAACACUUUUCGCCGUAAAUUUGCCAAUUUCGCAUAGAAACAAUUGCUGUUUUUGUGGAAAAAAUACGCUCUACAGUAGAAUAUAAAGAAUUUUCUUUCAGGAAUGA